AUGGACAACGUUUUAGAAUGGAAUGUCCGCACUCAUCAAGAUGGGAGUCUGACGGAACACAAUUCUGGUUUAGAUGUGUCGUACUUGUUCUGGGAGGCGGAAGACAAAUUUGCCUCAUUCACCAGCAUCAAAUCGCAACCGGUGGAUACAUUCAGUCCCACAUCCAGCAGUCUCGGCGAUACAGAUUCAGUUGUCAUUCCAGUCGACAAAUAA